UCAUAACAAUCAGCAUGUUCCUCUUGCUAGAGGGAUAGCCCGCUGUGAUAGCGAUCCCCCGGUUAAUAAGGACAUCAAUUGUCUGUAUCUGUCACUUCUUCAGGCGGUCAGGAAACCUUUGGUAAAGCCGUCAAUCUGUGGUGGCUGCGGGCCAUAGAACGCAGUCACUGAAGUAGGCCAUUCAGCCCGUCCAAGGCUGCUCCAACAUUCGGGGAGAUCGUGAAGGAUCUGAUCUUCAUUUUCUUCUGGCUUUUUCAGGAAUUCUUCCUCCCCUCUGUCGUAAAUCUGUUUUCUGAGGUUAUGCGCUCUGAGAAUGUUGUGGUGGACUGUCUUCUUCAGGAACUGCAGCAACACUGGUUUUGAUAGAGCCGGCCUAACUCGUUGCGGGUUAAACAAAACUUGCAACACGUUCCGUCCAACCAAUCUAUGACGGUUGAUUUAAUAAAUGUUGCUAUAUUUGCUGCUCAAGCGGAAAGACGUGCUGUAAAGUACUGAGAAUUCUGAGAGGGCACGAGUGGAGUGCUAAUUAUUUCAGAGUUCAUUAAACCUAACGUUUUACUAAGAUGGCAAUAUAUAAUAAUCCUAUAAAGACCUGUCUCUCAGCUGAAGUGCAUCACAUGGUCUGCAGGCUUGGAUUGAUAGAGUUGAAUAGCCCGGAGCUGGAGCACAUAGUCACUGUGUCUGGAGAGAUUUGUUGGGAGGCUAUUACAUAUUACCUACGGACUAGAGAUACAGAGGAACAUGACCUGGACUACGUAGAAAGUGUGAGACUUCUGGGACCUGUAUGUAAAACUGUCCAUGUACAUCUACUGUCCCUCAAUACACAGCAGUUCAACAAUCAAUAUGGACUGUGGUUCAAAUGGACUAACAACACAGAGUUAUUUGUUGAAGCAUUUGAAGCCAUCAGGAAUUCACAAUACACCGCUGUACCCCUCAGCAUGAUGAAGUUAACGGCUUGUCUCGAACGAGCUUUGGGUGAUGUAUUCCUAACGGUUGGCAAAGAAUGUCCCUUUCUCCUGAGAGAUCUACUGGCUUCACAAGAGCUGGCUGCUAUAUUUGGACAGAAUGUGAUGAACGUGCUGCGAGUGUUCUUAGGAUCACCACAAAGCUUAAAUCUCCGCAACAUCUUGUGGCAUGGAUUUGCUGCUCCUCCAGAAAUCCCUCCAAUGUACAUCUCUAUGCUGCUGAUACUAACAGCUGGAUUAGGGCAGAAAUUGAAGGAUGUCCUGGCUUGCAGAAAUCUCUCACUCCUCCAUCGACCUUAUUUCAAAUUGACACAGCUGAAGGAACUUGCUGUCUUCCCUGAUAUUAAUGAAGAGGCUAUUGCUGCAGCAGAGGCUAUUAUUGAGAAAUCUGAUUUUGUAGUGGAAAUUAUGCUGCCUUAUUGGAAAGAUGCACUUGCAGCUUACAAAGAUCAGCGAUAUGCAGACUGUACAAUACUGCUUUUGCCUCAACUGGAGAUGGGCCUCCGCAAAUUUUUUACCAUUGUUAAUAACUGUCCCAAUAGGUUGCUGACCGCAGAGUCUACAACACUGUACACAACAUUUGAUGAGAUACUGGCAAAAUAUCUAGACAACGGUGUUAUAAACCACCUUCCGACAGCAUUGGGUAAUCCCAUAAUGGAGAUUCUCUGGGACCUGCUAAAUCACCAGGAGGGUCCUCGGCUCCGGGAUCACCUAAGUCACGGUGAAAUAGAUUUGAAAUUGUUUCCUCGAGAAAUGGCUAGUCAUUUGGUAGCACUUGCUGUCGUUUUGCUACAUCAUUGCCAUAGAGGGGCAAAUGGGAUUUCCAUGGAAAGCGAGUGUCUGAAAACAAUCGUGUGUUCUACACAUUCCUAUUGCUCUCGGUUCCAUCCGGUUGGAAAGCUUAAACAGCAGCUUCGAUGCUGCCUGGAAAGCCUCCAGAAAUGGGGUGAGAUGCCAAGACCCACACUUGAACAAGCAUUGGAUAGACCUGGGUCUGAUUAUUCAGGUCCUACAACCCAAACUGUUCACCAAAGCCUGAUGGAAGGACUUGUUUCUGCUCUAAUAAACCGAUUGCAGGUAGUUUAUGAUGAAGACUUUGAUCCCUUACACUACUUAUUGGCGGAGAAGCAGCUUCGUCUGGUAGCUAAACUGUUGACCAACCGCAUUUGCACUUUGUAUUGCCCACGUGUUGUUUUGGAAGUGGUGUCAUUGCUGAGGAAAAUUGCCUCACAGUGCCUGACAGUUUCACAGCAGAUUAUGCAUGGUGUUGUGUCUCGCCACCAGCAGUGGCUGAGCAAAUCCCUGCGCUCACGGCAAAGGCAGAAUUAUCUUCGAAUGCUGGGCAGUAUCCAGUACUUGCACCAUAUUUUCAGUCUGCUAACUCUACUUGUAACGGUGGAACUGCUCAAUGCACAGACAAUGAAGGAUGAGGUUUCAUCUGAAUAUCACUGCUAUUUGAAGUUUCUGAAGUCGGUGUUGCAAUACACAGAAAAUAUGGUGACAUACACAAGUCCAGACAAAAACAAGUGGAAUGAGAGCUGGGACCUGACUGAGAAAAUGUUACUGAAAGUUAAAAAUUUUUACAACAAAUGGUAUAAUAUAACUAUAGACUGUGCAACUUGAACACAGUAGGACUAUUUGGUUAUAAUCUAGAAUGGCUUUAGUGGGAAAUUAUAUUUCAUAUCUAAAAAGAGCAAAUGUGAACAGAAAAAAUAUACAGUAACUUACCUUUAGUUUUUGCCACUGGAAAUGUAAGAACAGAACAAAUUUAUCGUAAGCUGACAUCACAGCAUUACUUGCAGAAUUGAAAAUGGCCCUACAAAAUAUCAUUGAUUGGAUAAAACCCAAAAGUUUUGAAAGAUGAUUUAGUGUGAGCAACAAAAGCAGAAGCAGUGGUAGAAGGAAUCCACUAGAAGAAACUGGCGUGAAGGUUAAAAUAGUGUCACAAUCAAAUGCAUAGGUUUCUGUGUUUAAGGCAAAUGAUCACAGAAGAUGGCAGAUGUGAUACAGAAGUUAGAAGGAUGGUGAUAUCUUCAGAAUGAAUUAUGGCUGAGGGAUAAGUUAAUAAGAAAACACAAACUCUGAUCAAAGGAUAAAAAUGUAAUGCUAUAUUUUAUCCAUUUUUACCGUUAUACCUCAGAAACAUGGACAAAACUUUGAGAUCAGUGAAACACAAUGGAGACCUUUGAAGUACGGAUGCUAAAACAUAUGUAUAUAAAUGUGUAAAUAGACUGUAAUACUCAUAAAGAGGUUCUUGAAAAUGCAGCAGCAAAGAAGAGCUCUUAAAAGUAAUAUCUGGGAAAGAAAAUGUCAGCAUCACAGCCAUGUGAUCAGAACAGAAAAAUUGAAGCAAUCUCAUCUUGAGGGUAGAAGAGAGUAGAAAGAGGAAUUGAUCUCCGUGUAGUUGGAUAUCAGAGUGGUUGCCAGUGAGCUCUAGUGGAUGUGUGAGGGUGGUGCAAGGCAGAUAAGUAUUGCGGUCCUUGACAGCAGAUGUCCUGGAAGGAGCAGCCAGAAACAGCAGCUGCAACACACACACUUGUAAGUUUUCUUUCCCUCUGCUAAAGACACUUGCUAGUAGCAAUUCUUUCGGUGCAGGCAUAAUGUGUGUGACCCUUGAACAAGGAUUAUGUAAUGUUUGAUUGCGCUGCCUUCCAUAUCAUUCUCAAACAAUCUGCUGUUGUACGCUGGACUGUGAUCCACUUCCUAACCUGGGGACCCUAGUGUCAGUAAGAAAGAUAGCACUACUGACAGUUGAGGGUACCUGUUCAAAAAUGUAUCAGAACUUGGACCCAGAACCUCCUGCUCUUUAUGUUUUUAGUGCUAUUGCUAGAUGCCAGCUCAUCCAGGGAGCUACUGCUGUCAUUAUUGUUCACACACAAACAUUUUUUAGUAACCCUUCUCUCACAUUCCGGCAGAGUGAGCAGUCUGCUACCUCUGGAACGGAGAAACCAGAAAGCAGGAAACCUGUCAGUAGCUAUGAUACUGUAACACUCAAAACCUCAAACUCGAGGAAGCUGAGACCCAAAGAAAUUCUAAUAUGCCUCAUUUGCUGGUAAAUGCUGACGACUGAUAACCUGGAACAAAAGAAUUUAAAGCAACUUGGAGACCAAUCAUGGGGAUUACGCUGGGAAAUCAAAAUCAUUUUUGCAAUGCCAGAAAGAGGAGCUUUCUCAGCAGUAGCCUUUGAGGGCUGUGAGCAUCUCUGAACAUGCUCAAAGAGGACCUAUUGAAAUGAACAAUCCGAUUCCAUAGCCUCACAUCAUUGCAGGAACAAAUUCUGUUACCCACUGUAAUCAAAUGGUUGAAAAUGUUUUUGGGAGGAACAAAAGGCUUUCUGGUAUGAAUCUCUCAAACAGUCCCAUGAAGUAGAGAAUUAAGAUAGUAGCAGCUGAUUAAAGACUCAGCUCCUGGAAUCCACACCCACCUUUGCUAUUCAGGUUGAUGUAAGGGGUUUGAUAAACACUCAUUGGCUUUUGUUUGAUUUUCUUGAAGACUUUGAUUCAGUUUAACUCCCACAUCUUGAACAUGAACAUGCACAGAGAAUAUUCUACGUGGAAGAAAUAAAUAUUCCCUAUGACUGUCUGGUUGAAUUCUGUAUGAUGGGGCUUCAGUUAAGCGGGAUGCAAGCCAGGCCUGUGUGCUUUGUUGCAGAGAAUUGCUCCAUCUGCUAUUUGGAUUCUGCCGGAUUCACAGGGAGCAACUGGCUCGGAAUUAGGUGAUGUGUCGUGCAGGGUCACCUCAGUUGUGAGCUGCAUUAACCUUGCCCUCUUUAGCACAUCUGGUUGCAAAGCUGUGUGCGGACAUGGAGUCUAAUCAUGUGUUGUUUCAUAGAGGUUAACUGUCAGUCAAGAGGAAGGCUACUGCAGAGAUCUUUGGGUUUUGUACUUGAUGAAUCAUUCAUGGAAGAGGGUGUCCUGACUGACCCAGCAGUUAUUGCCCAGCCCCAGCUGCCCUUGAAAAGGUGGUAGUGAACUGCCUCCUUGAACCAAUACAGCCUUUUUUGUGUAGGUCGACCCACAAUACCAUUAAAGAUGUAGUUUUAGGUUUUAACAUAGUAACACUGAAGAAAUGGUAAUAUAUUUCCAAGUCACAAUGAUAAAUGGUUAGGAGGGAAACUUCCAUGUGAUGGUAUUCCCUUGUAUCUUGUCCUUCUAGAUGUUUGUGUUCUUCGGUUUAAAAGACAAACAGAAAUCAACUGCUUACAAUUUCAAUUGCCAGGCAAGAAUGAGAUUUUAAUAGACUUGCACAAUAUGCAUGCCUUUGUCUCAUUAGGAUCAGACAAGUGUCCUUUUAAGUUUAAUUACAAUUGCAACUAAUAAUGUUGCUGGUUUUUACUCUUGACACUUGGAUGUGCCAACAGUUUUGUUUCAUUUGAACACAUUCUAAAAUGGUGAAGGUUCUUAUGCUGCUAAUUUGUUUUAUUUGGAUUCUUUGGCACAGUGCUGUUGGUUAUUAUG